UCAAUAAUCGUACACCCUCUAUUGUUGCUAGUGUAAUGUGGUUUUCGACCGUUCUACAAAACAAAUCCCCAUCAAUCAUCACAGCAUGCCAUACGGCGCAGGCACUGUUGUCAAAGGUUAAAGUAAAUAAAAGAGCUUUGUAUGUCAAGGCAGGGGUGUUGACGGAAGCGCAGCGAAGGCGCCAUCCCCCUCCCCUUUCCCGUGCAGCACGAAACGUUUUUCCGGGUGUCAAACACACUACCUGCAAGAACAGCUGAUUGAUAAUAAUAAUAAUAUAGGCGCAUUAGACGGUUGUUUAGAUUACUGCUCUUAUGCUUUGAUGUCUGAUGAACGCGCAAAUAGUUUUACUUUUCUUAAAGUAAACGACGAUAGCGCGCUGCUCCUUUCGCUAAAUUGUGAAAUUUGUAAGAAAUAUGCUACAAAUGCAUUUUAAAUCCAUAUUGCUCAGACAGACAUAGGCAUUAUUAUUGUUUAUUUGUUCUUCAGGAUAGUUUAUCACUUCUUUAAAAAGAUACAAACAAAAUCAGAAUAACAACAUUAGUGUAAAUUGUUAGUUUUACAUCCCGGAAAUCAGAAAAAGAGUUAUUUAUGCAUAUCUUCGAAACAGUAAAUAAAAAUUGAGCGAAUAAUGUAAACCGCAUCGCAGAGAGGGAGAGCGAAGUGUCUCGUCGAAAACAACAAGUUAAAAUGGAACGCACACAGCAUAAACGCGCAAGAAAAAAAACAACAGCAAAACAAUUUACAACAGCAGCAGCAUAAAGAACGAUAGCAAAAAGGAAUCGUCGCCAUAUUGAAUCAAGAAUUGGCCAACUACGAACGAAUGGGGUGGUAGGAAGCAACAUAUAGCAUACGCCCCGGGGGUCUGUGUCCCGCUGAAAAUGAUCGUGUUGCGUAUCGUUCCACAGUGUGCGUAAUUCUGACUCUUUGUUUUUGUUGUUGUUGUUUAUGCUUAUUUUGUUGCUAAUCGUGAAACAGAUGACGGACCGGAGGCCUACUAGCUCUUCUGUACGUCUGAUCAGAAUACAGUCGUGUCGCGUUAGGGCCCCGGUGCUGCUGCUGUUGGUUGCAGCAGUUUGAAGUGGUGUCAGUCGGUUCCAACCUUGGGGUUUCCCCAUUCGGGUGUAUGCCCGGGAAUGUGUCGCGGAAAUCAGAAAAGAAAAGUAGACACUGCUACUGCCGAUGGGUGUUUUCCGGCAAGAUUGAAAUAGCUAUGCGAGUGCUUCUACCUAGCAGCGUAUGAAAUGCAGCAGAACUGUUUGGUGACUUGGUAAUUGUCAAAAACAAGGUGCAGCAAGGAGUAGUUUUUUUAGUGGAAAUUAGCCAUCUAGUGUUCAUCGACGCACGGUGCGUGUGUGUAUGUGCGCGGUAUAGGCUGUACGUGUGGGCAUACGUGUGCGUGUGUGGCGCGCGCGUGCAUCAUCAACUCGCGCGGACAAACAAAGGAAAGUGCUCCCGAAGUGUCGAUACUCUGUAGAGUAGCGGAUCCCUUCCGGCAAACUGCACCAACACUCGCCGGAAUUGGAAUCGGUCGUGUGCGUUCUCAAUUAUACGCGGACGUAUCGGCCACCCUUUCCCCGUACCGUCCCAGCUCUCAUGCAGUCGGGCCUGCGUUGGAAGGGCACUUAGGAAAAGGGCGUCCAGUAACAGCCGCUAGGUUGGUACGUUCGUUCGCCUUUACAACAGUGGAUUGAAUCUCCAUCCUCAUACCAUCCUCUGUCCCCCUCGUAGUCUCCCUUGGUUCCGUGGAGUUCACUUGCUCCCUUGAACCCUAGCUGAUCGAGUAGUAGUGCGUGUUUGUGUUGGUGUGCUGCUGUGACGUUUGUUGCCUCUUUGUUGGUUAGACGCGAGACGUUUCUAGUGCGUAGUUCCUUAGCUCUGCUGCCCUGCUGGAGAAGCUCCCGGGAAAGGAAGUGACGAAUAUUGGUGUUUGGAUUUCGUGUGCGGUGUGUGCCACCCAUCAGUGGCAAAGAGGGAAAACAGUUCGUACAGUUGCUAAGCGUGAGCCGAAAUUUCGCCAGUUUGGCCAGCGCGUGUAAAAGGGAAAGCCAACCGACGACGAUAACAACGACAACAACGACAUUCCAGCCACAGUUUCGUCGCUAGCAAGUGGAGUCCAGCACGGACAAUGACGGCACGGAACGGGGAAAGGGAGAAAGGCUCCGGCAAGGAGCCAAACGACAAGAUGAACCACAGUCAGCUGGUUCGCAACCGAUUCGAGAAGUCAGGUGUUACUCUCCCGGAUGAUGAGAUCUCACGGAAACUACCAAAGGAAAUUUUGCUUCGCAUUUUGUCAUACCUUGACGUGACUUCGCUAUGCCGCUGUGGACAGGUUUCCCGUUAUUGGAACAUGCUUGCGCUGGACGGUUCCAACUGGCAGAAGAUAGAUCUUUUCGAUUUUCAACGUGACAUUGAGGGUCCGGUGAUUGAAAACAUUUCACAGCGAUGCGGUGGCUUUCUCAAGUAUCUACGACUGCGCGGAUGUCAAUCGGUCGGCAGCCACUCGAUUCGUACCCUCGCCAACUACUGCCAUAACAUCGAGCAUCUCGAUUUGUCCGAGUGCAAAAAGAUCAGUGACGUUGCCAUACAACAGCUCAGCAAGAACUGUGCCAAGCUGACCGCCAUCAACUUGGAAUCAUGCUCGCAGAUAUCCGACAGUAGCCUUAAGGCACUCUCCGAUGGGUGUCCGAAUUUGGCCGAAAUCAAUGUGUCCUGGUGCAAUCUAAUCACGGAGAAUGGUGUUGAGGCACUAGCCAGGGGAUGCAAUAAGAUUAAAAAGUUUAGCAGUAAAGGAUGUAAGCAGGUGAACGAUAGGGCUGUUAUCUCGCUCGCCAUAUACUGUCCAGGCAUAGAAGUUUUAAAUCUACAUAGUUGUGAUAGCAUAACGGAUGCGUCGAUAUCGAAGAUCGCGGAAAAGUGCUGCAAUUUGAAGCAGCUGUGCGUGUCUAAGUGUACCGAGCUUACCGAUCAGUCCCUCACUGCCCUAGCGAUGAAUAAUCAGUAUCUCAACACGCUCGAGGUGGCCGGUUGCGCACAAUUCACCGACAGUGGCUUCAUCGCUCUGGCCAAGAACUGUAAAUAUCUGGAGCGGAUGGAUCUGGAAGAGUGUAGCCUGAUCACGGAUGCGACAUUACAGAACCUAGCAUUAGGAUGUCCUAGUCUUGAGAAAUUGACCUUAUCACACUGCGAACUAAUAACGGACGAAGGUAUCCGACAGCUGGCCGGUGGUGGUUGUGCAGCCGAAAGUCUCUCCGUCCUAGAGCUAGACAACUGUCCACUGAUCACUGACGCUACGCUAGAACAUCUAAUAACCUGUCACAAUCUACAGCGGAUAGAGCUGUACGACUGCCAACUCAUUUCACGGAACGCGAUUCGUCGUUUAAGGAAUCACCUUCCAAACAUAAAAGUACACGCGUACUUUGCACCGGUCACACCUCCACCAACAAUUAACGGUCCGCGCCCGAGGUAUUGCCGUUGUUGCGAGAUUCUCUGAGAUCAGGCGAUUGGCUUAGCCAGAAAAGUGCUCUGUAGGAGUAGAGACGACUGAUAUUUAUAUUUGUAACCGUAGUAUACACAGGCUCCGUCGUGCGUACGUCUGAAUACACAACUAACCACCAUACCCACAGCAACGGCAACUGAAAACUAUGCUUCAGACGAGAAACUGCGGUGUCAUAUUGCAGCUAGAAUGAGCGAACGAAGCUGCAGAGGGGUUUAAAAUGUUCUGUUUUUUUUCGCAUCAUCCCAUGCCUGCAGCGAAUGGGGCAUAGGCGUAUGCAUCGCAUCACAUCGCUUGUUCUUGGCAGCUAAUUUACUAGGCACUAUGUGUUAAGGUGGCUUUGCAGGCCUGGACUGAUAACUAAAACACAAAUAGUUGCAUCUCUUCGAAGAGUGCAGAAGAAAGACGUUGGUUGGAUUUUUGGUGACGGUGAUAGACCACGACUAGAGCAUGGAUUUUAGAGAUGGGGCUUGCUCUACUAGGUGCGACUAGUAUUUUAUUACCACGCAAAAACGUAUCAAUAUCGUUGGCGGGAAAUAGCUUAAUGGAUGUUUCUCGUAUAAUAGUAGCCUUGUGUGUGCGUGUGUGUGUAAGCAUUUUACUUACAAGCUGGUUUGAUUGAUGAAAGAAUCGAUCCGCAACGAAAAUAAAAAAUAAGAUGGAAAGCCAAAACAAAACAACACGUUCAUAAUGUACGUACAUUUGACAACACAACCAACUCAGAAUAACACACCAAAUAGUAAGCAGCUCGUCAUCGUUAAUGCCCGCCCCGGAGUGAGUGGUUUAAGCCGGAAAGGAAAUGUGGAAUGUGGAAAAACAAUACCAAAAAAAAAAUGAAGAGAUUGGAUCGAAAAACAUACGAUGCUAGCGAGUGCAAAACAAGCUAUCACAUGUGUUCAAAGAAUAAUUAAGAGCGCAAGCGUUUUGAAACGGGAAAGUAAUUUUCAUUAACAUAUUAGUAAUUGCGAAGAACCAACUAAGGAAGGGAAAUCAAUCAUACGCGUAUCGUACGUUCAUUUGUAAAUGAGCCAUAUAAACUCAGACAGCGGUUUAUGUGUAUAAGAAUACAUCUAUGAAAACAAAGGAAAACAAUAUCCCAGUGCUAGUUGGCAAUAUUUAAACAAUGCGACACGAUGAACCAUGGCAGCCAUAGCAGAAUUAGUGGACGACACACACACACACACGCAAAACUGCAUCCAAACUAAACACAUUUUUAAAAUAUGAAACAUCAAUCUACUAAAGAAUACUUUACAAUGCCGGUGUGCGUGUGCGAGUGUGUAAAAACUUGCAGAAAACAAAAAAUAAGCCAUUAAAUUAGGUAAACAAAUGGAUAAAAAAAAGAAUAAGGAGAAACCCACGUAUUAAUAAUGCUCACAAUGAAAGUGGAACAAACAAGCAGCAUUCGCAUUGUGCAAUGAGUCGUCAUCAGUUCUUUUUUUUUGGGACAGAGCACUAUGUAGCACUAACUACUACUACUGUAACGCAUAAGCUUUUUGUACUUGGUGUUGUAAGGCAAUAGGGUUAUGCGAGAAAAAGGACACGGUUUGAAAACGAGACAGAGAGAGAGAGAAACAGCUGAAAUUAUAUUUUUUCACACGGUACGGCAGGAAAUCAUUGAAAACGGUGUGAUAGUAUGGAAGGGAAGAACGCACGGUGUAACAAAGCGUAGGAUACAGUAAGGCGGAUCUUCUAAAACAUUUCCCUUUCUGAAAAGCAGAGGAUCAGUUCUACUUCAUUUUAGUAUUGUUGAUUCUCGUUGUUGGAUGAAACAAUUAGCAUCACUUUUUUGUUUCAGGACCAAAAUUUCAUACGUUUUUUCAUCAUUUCAUCAUUAAAAAGCAGCUCGCCCCGUACUCCACGUUGUAAAACACAUACUUUUCCCUUGUAAUGGGUCGCUCUUUGUAAUUCUGGCACAAAUCUGCCUCGCUGUAUCCUUCAUUCUUUUACCAUAAGUUGAUUGUGUGCGUUUUUAUGCAUGAUGUGUGUGCACAAAAGCCAAGUAUGAAUGUUGUAUGGCAGCGUAAUUUGUAUGUUUGAGCUUUAGAAUGUGAUUUAAAUAGGUAAAAUGGCGUUGGAAUGAGAUUAGCCGGAUUGAGGGUUUGCAAGGAUCGAUUUUUUAAUGUAUGCGGCUGGUUCGCAUAUAAGAGAAUAGCACUCCCAGCGAAACGGAUUAAGGAUCGUCUCACCUGUCGCAUGAUCACCUUCAGUGUGGUUAUUCGCUACGGUUGCUUUUUUUUUACACACUGGCGUAAAAGAACUGGACAAACAUAAAACAGCACACGGGAGGUAGAAUUGGCACGGAAAGCGAUUAAAUUUGAUUGUGAUCUUUACAUGAACAUAUUUUAUACAUUAGACAUACGAUCGCGAAAGGUAGCAUGGAAUGGAAACGAUGAUAACUAUUGUAUGUGAUUGUAGUGCACUCUACAGUCUCCCUUUUUGCCUACACGAGACAUUCUCUCUACAAUAUCUCAACAGGGAUAUAACAAGGUUCACGCAUCAUUUAAAAAAAACGAACCGAGAAUCUGAGUGCUAGAGAAGGAAGUACAUAUAGCGUUACACCCUCUCGUGGAUCGGCUCAUGGCCGAUUUAGCAAGUGUCUUUAUUUUGCUCGGAUUGCAUUUUUAAAUGUUGAAUUGUUACUUUGAAUCAUUUGUGUUUUUGAAUCAUUGGACGAUGGUUGCAAUUCUGUUAAAUGUUGUUUUAAUCACACGGAACAAAUUAAGGCAAAUGUUUAGGUAAUACAACCAACAGUAUAGCUUUAAGCUUUUGUUUUCCAAGUUCAUACUGUCCUAGAUAGGGUUUCAAGCAGGAACAAACUACAAAAACGAACUUUUUUUUUGUAAGCCGACAAGUGCGCCUAGUGUAUGUAUGUUUGUAUAUGAUUGUCAGCUAAGUAAUACUUAUUCGUAUACGUUUUUUUGUAAUGGUAACAACAAAAGGGUAGUAAUACGCAUAAAUUGCCCCGUAACGAAACGGAAUCAAACAUUGUCAUCAUUUACUACAUUUACCCGCACUAUUAGGCUCUCGUACAUCAUCCACUACCAUAUACUAAGAAUAAUCUACGUCAUUAUCGUCGUACUACGAAAGGACGAAGCGAAGCAUGCGAACCGAUAGAAGGAGAAAGAUGAAAGGCGACUGCCAUGAUGGGAACAUCCACCUUGAAACAACGGCGCGGACCUAAUUCGUGGACUACAUGGAAUAAGAGAGAGAGUGAGAGAGAGAGAGAGAGAGAGAGAGAGAGAAAGAGAAAGGUGUAACGUGAGAAACAAUUAGGGUAUAAAAAUAAAGGAAACGUAAUUGAAGUAAAUAA